AUGCGGGACCCCGGGUUCUUGAACCCGCUGCUGGCCGCCUAUGACCAACGGGUGCGCAGCCUGGAGGAGGACGCGGCGGCAAAGGCGGAGGCGGUCCGGGCGAUCGAGGGGCAGGUGCGCGCCUUGGUGGAUGAAAACGAGCGGCUCCAUGCUGAUGCGCGGCGCGCGGCCGACCAGCUGCAGGGCCGCGCCCUGGCGGCGGCGGCCGGCAUGGUCGCGGGGCAGGGGGCGGACGCGGAGCGCGCGCGGCUGCAGGAGCGCCUUGACCUCCUAGAGCAGGAGAACGACCUGCUAGUGGCUCAGCAGGGGGAGCUGGACGGGGAGGUGGCGCGGCUGAACCAGGCUCUCGUGCUCCACGCGGUCGGCGCGCAGGAGCUGGCGGCAGCGCGGGUGGAGCUCGUGCGCAUGGAGCGCGUCGAGCGAGACCUGGCUAAGCUGCAGGCGGCUUUGAAGGCCAGCAGGGGGAGGUGCAAGUCGCUGGAGCAGGACGCGUCGGAUGCGGCUGCCGCCGCCGGCCGCGAGCGAACGCGCGCCGACGCGGCGGCGCGCGCGGCGGAGCUCGCCGCGGACGAGGCGCGCGGCGCGGCGGCGCGGGUGGCGGCGGCGCAGGAGGAGGCAGGGAAGGUUGCCUUGCUGCAGGCGGAGUGCGGCCGGCUGCGGGAGGCGCGGGACGCGUCCUCGGCGGCGGCGGAGGCCGCGCGGGCGGACUGCGGCGCGCUGCGUGGGGCGCUGAGGGGCGUUGAGGCGCGGCUUGCGGAGUACCAACGGCGGGACGCGGAGGUUUACAGCCGUAUUCGCGAGGCCAUGGAGUUGGCUGAGGAGGCGCGGCUGGAGCGGGACGCGGCGCUCAGCGCGGCAGACGGCAGGGAGCGCGAGAUUGCCACGCUGACUCAGCGGCUGGCGGACGCGACGCGCCAGCUGGGCGAGGGCGGCGGCGCGGCCGAGGCGCGACGACGCGCGGAUGCGCUGGAGAGACGGGCGGCGGAGGCGGAGGCGGCGCUUGAGGAGGCGUCGAAGCAG